AUGCAAUCAAGUGAAGAGUUCGUCAAGUUCUUAGGAGAGGGUGUCCACGGUUCUGUUGAUCUCGUCAAAUUCACCAAAAGCGACGGCUCCUCUUUUCACGCCGCCGUCAAAACAUCCCACGGCGAUCUAUACGACUCUCUCUACCGAGAGUUUCGGAUUCUGUCCGAACUCAGUGGAUAUCCGAACAUCGUUCAAUGCUUUAGUAACGAUCUGGAAGAGGAUCUCAACUCUAACGGAGAAACAGUCUUCAAAUUGCUUCUCGAGCACGCAUCCGAAGGUAGUUUAAAGGCUUUCAUGGACAAUUACACCGACAGAAAAUUACCUGAAUCUAUUAUCAGAGACUUCACGCGUAUGAUUCUCCAAGGUUUGGUCUCUAUUCACGGUCACGAUUAUGUUCACUGCGAUCUCAAAUCAGAGAACCUCCUUGUCUUCUCCUUGGGAGAUUCUGCUUACGAGUUGAAGAUUUCUGACUUCGGAAACUCUUUAGAAGUCGGAGAGAUUCCUGAUUACUGGGCAAUUGAUUAUCCGUUUGUUGGAACGGCUAAUUACAUGCCUCCGGAGUCUUUCCACAACGGAGUCGCCGAGAAAACCCUAGAUUUGUGGUCGUUAGGGUGCUUAGUGUUGGAGAUGUAUACUGGUAAGAUUCCAUGGACAGGGAUUAACGCCAAUGAUCUCGUGCCUAUUCUCUUUGAUGGUAAAGCUCCCGAGAUUCCAGAGAGUGUGCCUUGCGAUGCAUAUUGA